GUUGAGAAAGAGCGAAGCGUAGUUUUCGAAUCGCAAGAGCGAGAAACGAGCUCUACAGUCGAUUCCAAGAAAUUCUAGGCGACUGGCAUUUCUGAGUAAAAAUCAGAGAGGAGGAGGGAAGUGUUGAAAGCCGCGUAGUGUGUGUAGUUUUUAUAUCAGAGUGUGCAACCAACGGGAUACUCAUUGCAGUGUUGAUCAGUGCAACGGGCAGCCGCUUGCUGCUCUGCUGCUGCUUUGAACUGUGGUUGCUAUUUCGCUUGGGCGUGUUGGCAACAGCAUCUUUCGGACAGAUACUCUAUUCUCGUUCUUCAGCAGUUCAUUUUCAAUACUCGAAUGUAUAAAAGUUAAUAUUAGUAAAACUUGAUCCGGUUUUUUCUCACUUUUUUCUGUGCCGCCGGAUCAUGAUCACGAGAUUGGAUAAUUCGGAAUAUUUCCUCAUUUAAUGGAUAGACUGCUGAAAAUACCAUUUGUUGGCCCAUCUUCUGUUGACUCUUGUAGUCAUCUCACGAACAGCUAACCCCUCUUCAACUGUACGCCGCCAUGUUGACUAGCUAUCAAGCCCUGGAUUCUACCUUCAGCAAUCCCGUCGCCACUUGCCCGUCUUUGCCUCAUUCCUCUUCAGGAGAGACUCAUCACCAACAACAGCACUGCUUCCAGCUGCCUUUGGAACGGCAAGAGGGGCUGUGGCUGAACGGUUGUUCCGUAGCCACUAUCUGCCAGGAAGACUUCUGGUGGAGGACAGAAGAUCCGUAUCCUAAAGAUUUCUUAGACUUCUGCCAAGCCGACAACAUUGUCGAGACCCCAGCGGCAAUGGAAGUCAUCGAUCCAGAGGAUGACCUCAAACGCCUCAUCAGUAACGAUCUGAAAUUGAGGCUGAGUGGAUACUACUAUGGCAAUCUUAGCUGGGUGGAUGCUUCUCAUCUUCUAAAACAAUGUAAAGUUGGUACAUUUUUGGUGCGGGACUCUGAACACUGUAGUUACUUAUAUGCCCUCUCUGUGCAAACCCGCAGGGGUCCAACAAGUUGCCGGAUAGAAUACGACCAUGGGCGUUUUCGAUUAGAUUCUUCUGAAGAACUCACAGACAAAAUGCCUCGCUUCGAGUGUGUAACUGAUCUUGUUGAUCAUUACGUUCAACUAACAAAGAACUUGCCGCGUAAGAGCUCUGUCAAAGAGUUGUCUCCUGUUUGGCUGGACAUGGAUGAAGAGAAUAGUAUGGACGUCCCGGUUCAAAUAUACAAACCUCUGUAUAAGGGGGUUCGAAGCUUGCAACACAUUUGCCGUGUCAAUAUGGUGAGGAUUCAACGCGAACGUUACCCAUCUAUGUCUUUGUCUAGGACUAUUGAAGAAAAUGAGUACAAAGUUUUGCCAACUGUAUUGAAAGAUUACUUGAAAGAGUAUCCGUACUCUCAAUGAUAUAUCCGAAAAUUUAGGAUCUUAACUUCAUUUAAUUAAUUUAGAAUGACUUCUGUCACAAAUGCGGUGAAACCUGUAUUCCACCAAAAAAAAAAAAAGUGUCAGUGCUAUUGUGUGCGUGUGUGUAUGUAAACAAAAUAAAUGCAUGCAAUACUGGGAAAGAGCUACAUAAAUGCUGAGGGAAAAAAGAGGACUAAGAUUUGAAAAGCAUUUUAAAAUAUGUUUUAUGCAAAAAGUAAAAAUUUUAACUACUCUGAA